ACUAAGUAUAAACAUUGUGACAACCAAUAAUUUGGAACGCAUAAAUUGGAAACAGGCUGUAUUCCGAAUUGCAAAACAAAGUCCAGAAGUUGCGCACGUUAUCGACCGUAGAUUUGUGUUAAUUUUAUUGAAAAGAACCCCACACUUUCGAUAGCAGUUAGGAAAUGUUUCUGCCAUACAACCUGCGAGCGCUUAGCAAGCGGAUACUGCUGAACAAAUGCUACAGCAAUGCUUCACACUGGCGAUUGUUUGCAAGCGAAACAUCCGGUGGCCGGGCGAGCGACCCCGAAGGGACCACGAUUAAUACUCCCUCGAAAGAAAUCGUCACACCACUACCGCCCCUGACGCAGCCCAUUCCCAACCUGCCACCGGUACAGUACGCCCGGCCGGGAGAUCAGAGUAAUGUCACGCAAGUCACACGGCUCAGCAACGGGCUGCGGGUAGCGUCAGAGAACCGCUUCGGACAGUUCUGCACCGUCGGUGUGGUGAUAGAUUCCGGGCCGCGCUAUGAAUUGGCUUACCCGAGCGGAAUCUCCCACUUCCUGGAGAAGCUUGCCUUUCAGUCGACCUCCGAAUACGGUGAGCGUGAUGUAAUCUUCCGGGAGCUUGAGCGACACGGUGGAAUUUGUGACUGUCAGAGCACUAGGGAUACGUUUGUGUACGCGGCCAGCGCAGACAGCCGGGGUUUGGAAUCGGUGACGCGCAUUCUGUCGGAGGUCGUACUCCGUCCGCAGCUGUCGAUGGACGAGGUAGAGCUAGCGCGACAAGCGGUACAGUUCGAUCUGGAAACGCUCGGCAUGCGCCCGGAACAGGAACCGAUUGUGAUGGACAUGGUGCACGCGGCGGCCUAUCGUGACAAUACUUUGGGCUUUCCCAAGCUGUGCCCUUCCGAAAAUGUUCCCAAAAUUGAUCGUGACACGCUGCUGUCUUAUCUGAGUCUGCAUCACACACCGGAACGAAUGGUACUGGCCGGUGUCGGUGUUCCGCACGAUGAGCUAGUUCGUUUGGCCGAACGUUACUUUGUGGACGGUUCAGCCACAUGGGAAAGUGAAAAAAGCACUUCGUCCCAUCCGAAAGGUGUGGACACAUCCGUGGCACAGUAUACCGGAGGAUCGAAGCUGGAAGAAUGUGCCAUCCCGGUAUACGCGGCUGUAGGUCUUCCCGAGCUUGCACACGUCGUGAUCGGUUUGAAAGGGUGCUCCCAUCAGGACAAAGAUUUCAUUGCCGCCUGCGUACUGAACAUGAUGAUGGGCGGUGGCGGAUCGUUCUCUGCCGGUGGUCCUGGCAAGGGCAUGUACACGCGCCUCUACACGAACGUGCUUAAUCGAUACCACUGGAUGUACAGUGCGACCGCGUACAACCAUGCGUACGGUGAUACGGGUUUGUUCUGCAUUCAUGCCACCGCACCACCGACGCACGUGCGCAGCCUGGUGGAGGUGAUCACUAGGGAACUGUUCACGAUGCAGGCGCGACCGGGCGAUCAGGAACUGCGGCGGGCCAAAACACAGCUACAGUCGAUGCUAUUGAUGAACCUCGAGGCGAGACCGGUUGUGUUCGAGGAUAUUGGCCGACAGGUGCUGGCGACAGGUGAACGUCGCCGACCGGAACAUUUCAUUCAGGAAAUUGAGAAAAUCACCGCUGAAGAUGUGCAGAACGUGGCGCGCAAAAUGCUACUAUCGGCCCCGGCACUGGCCGCACGUGGUGAAAUCAAGGGCAUUCCGGAGGUUAAGGAUAUUCACGCGGCAUUAGCAAACGAAGGGCGGUUUCCGGGCAAUCGUCGGUUGACGCUGUUUCGAUAAAGACACCGGCAAGUCGGCAAGGACUAAUGAUAAUUAAAACCGACAACCUAUAUUACGCCUAGAUGAAAUCUUAGCUGUACCUAGCACCGUUUUUGUUGAGCCUGCUUUCCAAUUUUAGCUAGUGUUUAUAAUAAACCAGUGUCGGCUAUCGACA